AGCAGCGCGCCCCUCCCACCCGGUGGCGUAGGCCCGGCCCGACCCGUUGGGACCCUUUCCUUAGGCCUGCCGCCCCCGCCCCCCUACCCAGAAACUCCCACCUGGGAAGGCCAGAGUCUCCCCCGGUUAGUGGCCCCUGAUCCCGACUCCAGAAACUCACUCCCAGCCCCCUCCAGGCCGCACCCCACCCCUCGCCUCGCCCUUCCCAGCGUCCCCCACCUACGGCGGCCGGAGCCCAGCCCCGUGACCCCCGGCCCUGCCGCCUGGGAUCCUCAGUCCGGGAUGACCGCCUCCCCACUCUCCGAGCCUGGCCUGGCCCCGAGCCCCAGACUCGAGGGAUUCCGGGCCUCACCGCCACUGCCCCCUCCCAGAAUACACCCCCGGACCGCCCACCUGUACCUCUUCCCUCUCCCCCUUUUUCUUGGGGCUCUUCUCCUCGGGCCCUUCUGCUUGCCUCCACUCGGAUUCUCCCCGCUCUGAACCUCUGGGGGGAAGGUGACCUAGCUGAGGUCACGCCGUGGGGCUUAGUGGCAAAGUCCAGCCAGUGGUGCUGCAGGUGGCUCUGUGAGGGGCCUCCCGUGGAUCCGCCCCUUGUCCUCGCUCGGGUGGCAGAGCUCUCGGCUGUUCAGCGGUGCCGGGAGGGCCGGCACAGAUCCCUCCAAGGAGGGGUCUCACUCAGAGAGGGAGCUCGCUGGGUGCCGAGCCCGGCUGCCUGGAGGGUCUGAGGAAGUGGAGAAAUGGCUGUUUUGUUUCGUGUCCCGUCCAGGAGUGGCCCCCGGGGCGGGGGCCGGGGCCAGGGGUGCUGAUGUCCGAGGAAGCUCGGAUUCCUCAUCUGCAGGAAGGGGGCUGGAGCUGGCGGGCAAGGCGCGUGGGGUGCCGGCUGGGCCAGCUUGGUCGGGAGCCGGCAGCUCUUUGGCGUUGGGUGGCAGGGGUGCGAGCCGUCCCGCAGACCUGGUGCGGGUCCCAGCCUGAAACCCCGGUCCCGGAGCGGCAGGCGUCCCCUGCGGGGGCGUGGGGGUGGGACUCCGGAGGAUUCCUGAGUCGGCCUUCCUUUACCCCAAUCCUGGAACCCAUGGGCGGCUUGGGGCGUAGGCAGAAGGCCAUGUGAGGCCGUGAUUGGCUUGGGGAACAAAGCACUGUUCCUCCCGACACGCUCAGAAGGAGCCCGUGUCACUCGAGGGGGUGCCCUGUGUGAGGUGGGGCCCCCCGUGGAGCUGAGCUUUCCCUGAGAGCCCGGCCUGAGGCCUUGGCUUUGUCUCGCCAAUUCCUGCCCGAGGAGCAGGCCAGGGGUUGGGCUGGCCAAGCAGAUGGGCUGCACAUCCAGGCCGCGUCCCUGGUGCGUGGGGCCGGGUGAGCGGGCUACCCUCAGCCCCCUGCACCUCCUCUCUCCUUGGGGCUGCGACCAGGAGGCCCUUCAUUCCCCGAGAGCCUGCCUGACCCCCUGGCGCCUUUGGUUUCCCUCGUGUGCAAAGGGAGGGCUCGGCUGGCUGAUUUCUGAGGCCGCCUCAAGCUCCAGAAAGCUCUGCUCCUUUGCCUCUCAGCCGCCCAGCUUCUGGGCUCUUGCUACAGAGAUCAAGUUCCCCUCCCAGCCCCGCUCCCCAGCCUUUUCCUGUGGCACCUGUUCCUCUCUGCUCACUGCUGGCGGGAGCCGCCCUUGCCAUCCUCUUUGCCGCCUCGUGCCAGUCUCUGGGCCCAGCGAUGAGUGGGGUGACCAGGAGGAAGGGGGAGAGACGGCAGCCGGCAGGGCAGGGUCUGUGUCACAUCAGGCAGCCUCAGGCUGCGAGGAAGGAGGUGGGUAGCAGAAGCGGCGCAUGCAGAGGCCCUGGAGCUGGCGGGACGGCGCAGCCGUGUGGCUGGCCCUGUUCGUGCUCUUCGUCCUGGCCUACAUCCACAUUGUCUUCUCCCGCUCGCCCAUCAACUGCCUGGAGCACGUGCGGGACGAGUGGCCGAGAGAGGGCGUCCUGCGCGUGGAGGUGCAGCACAACUCGAGCCGCGCGCCCGUCCUCCUGCAGUUCUGCAGUGGUGGCGGCAGCUUCCCUGGGCUGGCUGUGGGGCCGGGAGGCCUGGAGCUGGGGGGUGAGGACGACGAGGAGGAGCUGACCGUGGAGGUGUUUGGGAACAGCUCCGUCAAGUUUGAGCUGGACAUCGAGCCCAAGGUGUUCAAGCCACCAGGUGGCCCCGAGGCCCUGAACGACAGCCAGGAGUUCCCCUUCCCUGAGACGCCCACAAAAGCGUGGCCGCAGGACGAGUACAUCGUGGAGUACUCGCUGGAGUACGGCUUCUUGCGGUUGUCGCAGGCCACGCGGCAGCGGCUUAGCAUCCCAGUCAUGGUGGUCACCCUGGACCCCAUGCGGGACCAGUGCUUCGGGGACCGCUUCAGCCGCCUGCUGCUGGCUGAGUUCCUGGGCUACGACGACAUCCUCAUGUCCAGUGUGAAAGGCCUGGCGGAAAACGAGGAGAACAAGGGCUUCCUGCGGAACGUGGUGUCCGGGGAGCACUACCGCUUCGUGAGCAUGUGGAUGGCCCGCACAUCCUACCUGGCCGCCUUCGUCAUCAUGGUCAUCUUCACCUUGAGCGUGUCCAUGCUGCUGCGCUACUCCCACCACCAGAUCUUCGUCUUCAUUGUGGACCUGCUGCAGAUGCUGGAGAUGAACAUGGCCAUCGCGUUCCCCGCAGCGCCCCUGCUGACCGUCAUCCUGGCCCUCGUGGGAAUGGAGGCCAUCAUGUCUGAGUUCUUCAACGACACCACCACGGCCUUCUACAUCAUUCUCAUCGUGUGGCUGGCCGACCAGUAUGAUGCCAUCUGCUGCCACACCAACACCAGCAAGCGGCACUGGCUUCGGUUCUUCUACCUGUACCACUUCGCCUUCUACGCCUACCAUUACCGCUUCAACGGGCAGUACAGUAGCCUGGCCCUCGUCACUUCCUGGCUCUUCAUCCAGCAUUCCAUGAUCUACUUCUUCCACCACUACGAGCUGCCCGCCAUUCUGCAGCAGAUCCGCGUCCAGGAGAUGCUGCUGCAGACCCCCCCUCUGGGCCCUGGCAGCCCCACGGCCCUGCCAGACGACCUGAACAACAACGGAGGCACCCCAGCUGCCACGCCCGACUCUACCAGCCAGCCCCCUGCCCUGGGCCCUGGCUUGCAGGGUGGUGGCAGAGGCCCUGGGCCCGUGGCUGAGGCACCCAGCUCCCUGGUGGCCGCGGCGGCCUCGGUGGCUGCAGCAGCCAGUGGUGACCUGGGCUGGAUGGCAGAGACGGCUGCCAUCAUCACAGACGCCUCCUUCUUAUCUGGCCUGAGCGCCUCUCUCUUGGACCGGCGGCCGGCCAGCCCCCUGAGCCCCAGUGGGGCGCUCCUUCGGGUCCCCCAGGACAGUGCCCCCACAAGUGACUCCCCAGGGUCUGACACAGCCCUGCAGACCGCUGGGGUGAGUGGGCCCAGCCUUGCGUCCAUGGCUCCAGUGGAUGCACCCUCAGAGGUUGGCUCCUGA